UCUUUGCCAACUAUCCUGCUGCUCAGCGUUCUACGAUUCUCUCGUCUCUGCGGCGGCGUCUAGGUUUACGAUCUGAUCGUCAUGGGGAGAAAAUCAACAACGGAAGCCUCUACGGCUCCUUCCAAACCUUCUAAGACCAAGGAAAAGCUCUCUGUUUCGGCUUUACUAGCAAGCAUGGACAAGCCCAAAUCAUCUACUUUGUCGAAGCCAAAACCUAAAUCCAAGCCUUCAUCUUACAUCGAUGGAAUCGAUCUUCCCCCAUCAGACGACGAAGAGGAGAUCAAUCAUGAAGCGGGUUCCAAAUCUAGGGCUCCAGUCACCGAGCUCUCCGUCGCCACGCUUUCCGAUAAGGAAGUCAAGAAGCGGGAGAAGAAGGAGAUGAUGGCGGCGUACGCGGCCGAGGCGGUGAAGAAAGAGGCGCUCAAAGAUGACCGCGACGCUUUCACGGUGGUUAUUGGUGCGCGGGCUUCGUCUCUCGAUGAUGAUGAGGCUUCCGCUUCGGCUGAUGCGAACGUGCGCGAUAUCGCUAUUGAGAACUUCUCGGUUUCGGCGAGGGGGAAGGAGUUGCUCAAGAACGCGUCGGUGAAGAUCUCGCAUGGAAAAAGGUACGGUCUUGUUGGUCCGAACGGGAUGGGGAAGUCGACGUUGCUGAAGCUUCUGGCUUGGAGGAAGAUUCCGGUUCCAAAGAACAUUGAUGUGCUGCUUGUAGAGCAGGAGGUUGUUGGUGAUGACCGGACGGCCCUUGAAGCUGUUGUUUCUGCUAAUGAGGAGCUUGUUAAGCUGAGGAAGGAGGUUGCCAUGCUGAGCGAGCAGGCCGAAGCCAAGGAGGAUGGUGAUGAUGAUGAUGAUGAUGAUAAGGGAGAAAAGCUUGCAGCUCUUUAUGAGAAGUUGCAGUUGAUGGGGUCUGAUGCAGCGGAGGCUCAGGCGUCCAAGAUACUUGCUGGCUUGGGGUUUACCAAAGUGAUGCAGACCAGAGCAACACGAUCGUUCAGUGGUGGAUGGAGGAUGAGGAUUUCUCUUGCAAGGGCGCUUUUUGUUCAGCCUACGCUUCUGUUACUUGAUGAACCUACCAACCAUCUUGAUCUCAGGGCGGUGCUAUGGCUUGAGGAGUAUUUGUGCCGGUGGAAGAAGACCCUUGUUGUUGUCUCCCAUGAUCGUGACUUCCUCAACACUGUGUGCAAUGAGAUCAUCCAUCUACAUGAUAUGAAGCUUCAUUUCUACAGGGGAAAUUUUGAAGAUUUUGAGAGUGGAUAUGAGCAGAAGCGAAAAGAGAUGAACAAGAAGUUUGAGGUCUAUGAUAAGCAGCUGAAGGCAGCUAGGAGAACAGGAAGCAAGGCCCAGCAGGAUAAAGUCAAGGACAGGGCUAAAUUCCAGGCAACUAAAGAAGCAAAGCAUAGGGGAAAAGGCAAGGCAGAUGAUGAAGAUGGUGCGCCACCUGAGGUUCCAAAGAAAUGGAGAGAUUACAGUGUGGAAUUCCACUUCCCAGAGCCAACUGAGCUAACUCCGCCGCUCUUGCAGCUCAUUGAGGUCUCCUUUAGCUAUCCAAGCAGGGCAGAUUUCAAGCUCUCAGAUGUUGAUGUUGGUAUUGAUAUGGGAACAAGAGUUGCUAUUGUUGGGCCAAAUGGUGCUGGCAAGUCCACUCUUCUAAACCUACUUGCUGGAGACUUGGUUCCAACUCAGGGAGAGGUGAGGAGGAGCCAGAAACUUCGGAUUGGGAGAUACUCUCAGCAUUUUGUGGACCUCUUAACAAUGGAGGAAAAUCCAGUGCAGUAUUUGCUACGCUUGCAUCCAGAUCAAGAAGGUUUUAGUAAGCAAGAGGCUGUGCGAGCUAAGCUUGGAAAGUUUGGGCUCCCAAGCCACAACCACCUUACUCCUAUUGCAAAACUAUCCGGUGGACAGAAAUCUCGCGUUGUCUUCACUUCCAUUUCAAUGUCUAAACCUCAUAUUCUUCUGUUGGAUGAACCCACAAAUCAUUUGGACAUGCAGAGCAUUGAUGCAUUGGCCGAAGCAUUGGAAGAAUUCACUGGUGGUGUUGUUUUGGUCAGCCAUGAUUCUCGGUUGAUAUCUCGCGUAUGUGAAGAUGAGGAGCGGAGUGAAAUAUGGGUGGUUGAAGAGGGAACAGUCAGAAAGUUCCCUGGUUCAUUUGAAGAAUACAAGGAGGACCUACUGAGGGAAAUAAAGGCAGAGGUGGAUGAUUGAUAUGUGACUUAUAUAGGUAUUUAUUAUAAUUAUUUACUAUGAUAUUGUCCUUUAUGAAUUUUGAAGAUUUACUAUUUUAUUUUCUUUUCGGGUCAGUAAAACAUGAGCCUUUUCUGGUCCUGUUCAAGAAACUAUUGAAACUCUUUCAUAUGUGAGUGAAUAAUAUCUUGAGUUCCUUAAGCAAAAUCUUCCUAUUGUAAUUUGUUAGUUUACUUUUGCUUCUCAUCAUGUAGGAUUGAUGUAUACUCAGUAGCAGUACUGAUCUGUGACUUAGUUCAUUUACUCUUGGACUAAUAUAUUGUUGCUUUUUGCUACUA